AUGAGCAAAAAUCAAAACCAUCGAUUUCAACAUACUAUGUCAACUAUUUAUUAUUGUAUUCCUUGUGUAGAAAAAUUCAAAUGCAAGAAAAAUAAUAUUGAAAAAGAAAUUCAAGAUCGAGAACAAAUAUAUAAAGAAACUGGAAAAAUAUCAACUUGUUUCAAAUGUAAUCAGGAACAUUGGAGAUGUAAAGAUGAUAGAUGUGAACAAUGUUGUAAGUUACGUGAAUGUAAUGAUAUAAUAUGUUCAUAUUGUCAAUCAACAGAUCAAGAAUGUCGACGUGUUUUACCUAAAACAAUAGAAGAAUUUAAAGCUCUUGAGGAAUUAGGUGUGACAUUAUCAUCAGGUCAAUAUGAGCCUACAAAAACAGGUCAAAUUCAUGAGCAAGCAUAUUUUCAGUUUAAAGAUCGUCAAACUGUAAAAUCAGCAAAAGCUAUGUUGAAACAUAAAUCGAUGAAUUUUCCAAAAUAUUUAAAUGGAGAUUCAGAGCAAAAUUUAGCAUAUAGUGUUAAGGAAUGGGAUAGAUGUAAAGAUCCUAAACAUGUUAAAAAAUGUAAAUGUGAUUAUAAGAUAAAAGAAAAUAUAUGUAAUAUUUGCAAUGAAUCUUGUAUCGAAAAAAGAAAAUAUUCUCGUUGGACAGAUAAAGAUGGUAAUAUACUUCUUCAAGAAUCUGUUGGACCUUGGACGUUUGGAACAUAUCGUUAUUUACUACCUUCAAAAGAAUUUUCCGAGUUGAAAGAUGAACUGGAGGAAAAAAAAUCUGUUGAAUUUGAAGCAAUAAUAGAAGGAAAUAGAAAACUUUUAGAAGGUGCAACACUUUUAGAAGUUUUCAAAUUAAAUAUAGAUAAAGUUCGAUAUUCAAAUAGUUAUGAAAGUAUGAAAAAAAUUUAUCAAGAUUUAAUUAUAGAAAAAAAAAAGAAAGUUGAAAGAUUUUGGAGGCCAGUGACAUUUUAUUUUUUUGGUGAUGGUGGAGCAGGAAAAUCGAAUCUUGUGCAAAAAUUAUUCCAUGAAUGGUAUACAGUAGUUAGAUGGGAUGAUAUUGUAAAUUAUUUGAAUGAUACUCCUGCAGAAGUUGAGGUCAAACGUAAAGGAUUUAAACCUUUUUUAGCAAAAUAUAUCUUUAUGACAUCACGAAGAUCUCCUGAGGAAUCAUUUAAUUUUGGUCAACGUAAUAAGAGUGAAGAUGAGGUUCAUAGAGAUUGGGGUCAGUUCGAUAGAAGACUUGAUUUCAUCAUUGAGUUUAAAGGAAAAUGGAAUGAUGAUAUUGAUUUACGUACAACAGAGUUGAUCUUUCAUAGAGGUUCUGAGGAGGAGUUUAGAAAUAUGAUUUGGGAUUUGAAAUAUGAUAAAGGAGAAUACACUACAGAUGAAUUGACAGAAGUUGUUAAAGAUUUGAAUAAGGAUGAGGAUGGAGAGAUCGUGAUUAAGAAUAAUCAAGUAUAUUGGAGACGUCAUUUUCCUGAAUUCAAGAAGAGAUAUUUGCGAGAUUAUCCAAGGUGUAAAGAAUUGUCUGAUUACAAACAAGAAGUUCUUUUAGAAAAUCAAAGUAUUGACAUUCAAAUGGUUUACAUGGAAGAUACUGAAGAUAUUAUAGAAUCAAGUACAAUCAAAAGAACUUAUGAAUUUUUUGAUUCUAAUGAAAGUGAAAGUAGUAAUAAACAUAGAAAAUAA